AUGAAUACCAAAAAAGACCAGGAUGGUGAAGAGGAUGACAUAAGUGUGAGGUCUAAUUCUUUGGGAUUCUACAUUACUCAGGGUUUAAGAAAGCUUUAUAAGAACCAGCAGCUUUGUGAUGCCAUCUUAGUGGCUGAAGGAAAGAAUUUUCCCUGUCACAGGGCCCUGUUAGCCUCGUUCAGUCCUUAUUUCCGUGCUAUGUUCACCCGACCCUUCAGAGAAUCCUGGGAAAGGCAGGUUGUGCUAGAAGAGAUGACCUCUUCUAUCCUUCAGAGGAUUCUAGAUUAUCUCUACACUGGGAAAGUGUUGGUUACUCUGGAUACUUCACAAGAUCUCUUCACAGCAGCUAGCAGGCUUGUGAUCCUCCCACUGCAGGAUAUAGUUGGCAGAUUCCUCGCUGACAGCAUUUCUAUGGACAGCUGCUUAGGGCUUUAUGCACUGGCAUAUGCUCACAACCACCAAGCUUUGCUUCAUGUGGCUACACGCCACAUCACAAUGAACUUUGAGCCACUUGCUGAACAUGAGUCGUUCCCUGGUUUGGAUCUCAGUACAGUGAUGAGUAUUGUCUCCUCAGAUAAACUUCUGGUAUCUACUGAGCUGACUGUCUACCAAGCUGUGCAACGCUGGGUGAAGUUUCAGCCGGCUGAGCACCUCUCACUGCUCAAGAAGCUGAUGGGACAGAUCCGUCUUCCUCUUCUUACUUCUGAGGAGGUCUCUACUGUUCAGGCAGAUAUCAUCGCACAAUAUGGAAAUGCUCACCUUCAGUGGGAACAGUUAGAUGGGGAAGGGCGGUUGCUGAAGAGUGGAGGUCUCAGGCGUGGUAUGUAUGAUGACUGGAUUGUGAGCUUGGGCCUCUUUGUAAGCAACAUGCAAGGAGGAGUGGUUGAGCGUUUGAAAACUCACUUCCUGGGUUUCAACCUUCAGACAGAAAGUUGGGAGGAGAUACCACCCUUGAUGUAUCUUGAUUCUUCAGGCUUCUUGUCUGUAGGGCAUAAGCUUUAUGUCUCUGGAGGGCAAAGACUUAAUGGCUCUAUCUUGGGCAAUCUGCAUGAGUUUAAUGCUCUGACUGGCCAAUGGAUACAGCUGCCUUCCAUGUCUGUACCCCGGCGAGAACAUGGCUUUCUAGCCUGUAAACAGAAGCUGUAUGCUUUGGGGGGGCGGAGUGGCCGAAAUGUGCUUGAUUCUGCAGAAAGUUUUGAUCUGGCACAGAAAACCUGGUCUCCCAUUGCUAGCCUGCCAUUUCCAGUGAGUCAUUUUGCCUCUGCCACACUUAAGGACAAGCUUUACCUAAUUGGGGGAUUCUCUCACACAAGGGCAAGUGGCCUUGCUCAUAGGGGCAUUCUGAUUUAUGACACAAGCUUAAAUGUGUGGAAUCAAGUGCCUCUGGCUUUUCAAUGUUACAAAUCAACAGCUGUAACUAUGGACAACGGGAUCUUUGUCAUUGGUGGACUUGUAGAAGAGAGCAGCCGGCGUGAGACACCUGGCACUGUAAUCAGAGCUCUGAUCUCUGGCACCCACAAGUGUUUUUUUCUUAGCAAGGAUGGCACAGUGAGCCAGGAUGUUGCAAUUCCAGAACUUCCCAUACUUGUCUUACCACCUUGUGCAGUUCAGUGGCAGAGCAGAAUUCAUGUGCUGGUAGGGAAUACAAUUUACCAGUGGAGGCCUGGGGAGCUGAGUUGGACUCGUAGUCGAAAAAGUGCUCCCAACACAAGAGUGACAUUCCUAACAGUAGUUAACGGUGUGACCCUGAGGGUGCCAAAGAAAACUAUUCAGCCCCUUUUGCGAGACUCCUCAGCAGCCCUGACAGCUGUUUGGGUGGCAGAUAAUUAA